UCUAGACAAGAUGGCGUAUGCGGUUGUUUUGCUGCAAUGUUAGUUUACGAAAUACAGUGUUUUUUCGUCUGAAUUUACUUGAUUUCAGUAGCGCGUUAGCUUUGUAAGUGUUUGUUAGACGACGCGAAGUCACAGAGUGUCCGACAUGAAAGGAAAAGAGCGGUCGCCCGUGAAAAAGCGUCCAAGGGCCUUGGAUGAUAUACGAGACAGAGGAGGAAGCCACCCGACCAGCAAGAAAAUGGGGGUCAUUUCCAUUUCUGGUGGAAGCAACAAUGGCAACAGUUCCUCCAAAAGUGAAGGAGGCUCGGCAAGAAGGAGCUUGCUUGGCGACAAAAGAGACAGUCGGGACUUUGACGGACACGUUUCUAGUCGCACUGGAAACAGCCACAGCUACGCCAGCCCCGUUGCUAGCAGCGCUAGCAGCAAGAACCACAACUCGAGUCUGUCCCUCGAAGCCGCCGCCAGGAGCAAUUCUCGCGCCGAGCAAAGAACACAGCUUCCUGCGAACGAAAGUGAGUACAAAACGCUGAAAAUAAGUGAACUGGGCUCGCAGUUGAGCGACGAGGAAAUUGAAGACGGUCUCUUCCAUGAGUUCAAAAAAUUCGGUGACGUGAGUGUUAAAAUUAGCCGUGUGAACGACGAGAGAAUCGCUUUUGUGAACUUCAGGAGGCCUGACGAUGCCAGAGCCGCGAAACAUGCUCGAGGCCGGCUGGUGCUGUAUGACCGGCCUUUGAAAAUAGAGGCAGUGUACAUGAACAGGAGGAGAAGUCGCUCUCCCGUGGAGAAAGACCACUUUUCUGCCGUGGCUGGCCACAGACAUUUGCACACCCAGAGGCCCCUGUCCCCGACUGGACUGGGUUAUAGAGACUACAGGUUACAGCAGUUAGCCCUCGGUCGACUCCCUCCACCCCCUCCUCCUCCUUUACCCAGAGAGCUGGAAAGAGAAAGAGAGUUUGCUUUUUACGAAGCAAGAGCAAGGCCUGCUUACAUUGCCGAGCGGGCCGCCGCGUUCCGUGAGGAGGAUUUUAUCUCUCCAGAAGACGACCAAAGAGCCAACCGAACUUUGUUUUUGGGUAACUUGGACAUCACGGUCACAGAGAGCGAUCUGAGGAGGGCUUUUGACAGGUUCGGGACCAUCACAGAGGUGGACAUCAAGAGGCCCACCCGCGGUCAGAACAGUACAUAUGGCUUUCUUAAGUUUGAAAACUUGGACAUGGCUCACAGAGCAAAGAUCAGCAUGUCUGGAAAAGUAGUUGGCCGAAAUGCUAUUAAAAUUGGCUAUGGAAAAGCAACUCCAACAACACGACUCUGGGUUGGGGGCCUCGGACCUUGGGUUCCUCUUGCUGCAUUAGCAAGGGAAUUUGACCGCUUUGGCACUAUUAGGACUAUAGACUACAGGAAAGGGGACACGUGGGCUUACAUUCAGUAUGAAAGCUUGGAUGCAGCUCAGGCAGCGUGCACCCACAUGCGCGGCUUUCCUCUGGGUGGACCAGACAGACGGCUGAGGGUGGACUUCGCUGACACAGAGCAUCGCUACCAGCAGCAGUUCUUACAGCCACUGCCACUGCCACACUAUGAUCUUGUGACUGAGUCCUUCGUCCACCGUGCCACUCCUGAAGCGAUCAGGGUCAGAGAAAGGACUCCCCCGCCUCUGCACUUUAGAGAGAGAGAGCUCUAUGCUGGAGCUGAGUGGCCAGCUCCUGCCAUUCGUGAACGAGUAAGGACUCCUGCAUUUGAACCCCUGGAGCACUUAGAACGUGAGCGGCGGCCAAGAGAGCCCUGGUCCCUGGAGCGUGAGCUGCCUAGCAGGGAUGCUGCACGCAAACGACGCCUCCUGGAGGAUGGGCGCCACCUGGAGUGUUCACCUGACAGCAGCAGUGAGUGGGCAGCCCGGCGCCGCAAACCCCCUUCUCUGGAGGGAAGCCCUGGAGGCAGCAGCCGUGAUGGCCGUUUAAGUGACUCGGAGCGUCCGCUUAGGACAGAGCGGCCUUCCCCGGCACGAGAGAGCCGCAGCAGCUUGGACAGAGGGCCUGGGGAAAAGCGCCUCAAAAGCAGCAGCAGCUUGUCAGAGUCCAGCAUCGGAACAAGCCCAUCUGAGAGAAAGCGCAAAGCAGGGGAAGCAAAUAAAGGCCCCUCAAAGAGAGAGCGAGCUGAGGGGGGUUCCAAGAGCAGCCAAUCGUCCAAGCAAGACUCUGGCGGAAAGCUGAGCAUGGCCUGGAAUGGCAUGCUGCUGCUCAAGAACAGUAACUUCCCAGCCAGCAUGCACAUCCUGGAGGGCGACCUGAAUGUAGCCAGCAGCCUCCUUGUCGAUGGCACCACUGGAGGCAAGGUCACCCAGCUCCGCAUCACGCAGCGCCUCCGACUUGACCAGCCCAAGAUGGAUGAAGUGUCUCGUCGCAUCAAAGUCGCAGGCCCGGGCGGGUAUGCGAUCCUUCUAGCGGUUCCUGGCAGCUCCGAGGACACAUCAUCCUCAUCUUCAGCAGAUCCAGCAGCAUCAACACAGCGGCCCCUGCGCAACCUAGUGUCAUACCUGAAGCAAAAGCAGGCAGCUGGGGUCAUCAGCCUGCCUGUCGGGGGCAGUCGCGAUAAAGACAACACGGGGGUGCUUCACGCCUUUCCGCCCUGUGAUUUCUCUCAGCAGUUCUUAGAUUCCUCUGCAAAAGCUCUUGCCAAAACAGAAGAGGACUACCUGGUCAUGAUCAUCGUCCGCGGAGCAUCUUAACAACCAGAACACACCAAAAAAAGCAUUGUUUAAAAAAAAAAAAAAUGUCUCAUUUGCAUGCUCUGUUAAGCCUGGUGCAGCAAACUAUAAUUUAAAGGGUUAAAGGGGUGUGUGUCAUCUGUUCUGCAAAUGCAGUGCCUGGAAAAGAAAAAUGUCUGACAGCAGAAUUGGGUUUCAUAUUGAUAUUACAAUAAUUGAGUACUAUUACAACUUGAGUGUUUUGUCCAAACCAAUUCAUAUUUGUGCAAAGCUGUAUGAAACAGUGGAUGAUAAAAGGCAGACAUAGAAUUAGAAAAUUUAAUAUUUGCCAGAAUCCACUGUUCUGUUCAGAAUCCUAUAAUUUUUUGCUUCACUGUUAGAUUGCAAGCAGUUGCCAACACGUGUUGAUCGAUUCAUGUAGGUAUAUUAAUUUUUCUGAUUUAAAAGGGUAAUUGAGUUGUUGUGACUUAAUGCUUGGAACAAUCAGUUUAAUGAUAGCCAGUGAUAGUGUAACAUAGGCCUAGGUGUGUAGUGUAGGCACCUGCAGCAGUCAAGAUAUUUCUCACAUAGAACUGCAUGUUGACUCCAGUGUCCUGUUUUGAAACUGUUGUACAGAUAUUUCACAUUCAAAUUUUUGCGUAAUACAGGCUAAUGUAUACAAUGACAGACACAAACUGUACCUUAGUAUUGAAGUGUUCAUCAGUGUGGAACGGGGCAAGCAGUUAGUGAGGCUGCAAAUUAUUGUUUUGUGUAAAGAUUUUAUUAUAUCCAAGACCUCUUAUAACAUGAAUCACUGAUUAUUUUUGGCUUAAUUCUUUUAGUUUUAAAAUGUUUAAAAGUCAGACCAAUGCACAGAGCUCAUAAUGUGCUUCAAAAGGUAAAAUAUACAAUUCCUGUUGUGCUCUUUGUACCGUAAUGUCAUAGUAACAGUGAAGCAUUCGGUCAUGUGAAAUUUGGUUUACUUUCUUAUCUUCAGGUUACAUGUUUUUUCAAGGUCAUUUAAAUUCUAAAAGUAGCAAUGUGGCGAUAUUGGCAGUUUUCUCAUUUGCUUUUUCCUUUUCAUACCCGGAGUACCUAAUAACUUCUGAUAAAGAUUGGUAAUUUGGUCAGCCACUAGGUUCUAUUUUUCACUGCUUUUAUCAUUAUUGUUAUCUUUGUUUAAGUAAUCACAGCCUUGGGACACUUACAAAAAAAAGGAAAAAAUGUGAACAUUUGACAGGAAAAGCAAUAUUUCAUGCAUGUGGCCUUCAUUUUCUUUGUCAACAUUGGCCACAGUUUUAUUAUUCAUGCCACAUUAUUGGCAUUGAGGAAACUGAUACUGUUAAAUUGACAUGUAGGUACAUGUGAGUUGAAACAGUUCAUUGAAUUAUGAUGUAAUUAAUGCUGUAAUCUAACCAUAAUAUACCUUACAUAUAUUAACUUGGAUGUAAGUGUAGAUCAUACUUAAAGCAGGGCUGCACAAUUUAAAGAGAGAUUAAAGUGAUUAGCAUCUUCCAGUAAUCUAAAUUAAAAGUGCUGUGCAGAAACAGUUAUGCUUAGUUAUUUUUCAAAAAAGAUUGGGAAGCUCUGUAAUGGGUCAGUGUUGUAGCAUGUGCUUGGGAGUAACUGGUAAAUAUAGUACCACUAAAUGGCAUAAGUGAGUUCCAUUAAUUGUAAACCUGAAAAUUAGGAUUUUGCAUUUGCUUCAUCUCUUACUUGUGCAGCCCUACAUUUAAGUGUGUUUCAGGUUGAAUGAUUGGGUAUUUUAGGAAGUCACCAUCUUAUGAUGCUCAGUGUGUUUCAUAUUUCAUAAUGGUAGCGUAUAGCAUUUUUUUCCUAAACCCCAGAACAUACAUUUUCCAUCUUCCUUUUCUUUAAAUGUUAAACUGAUUUGAAGUGUAAGGGGUCUGAUCUGAUUAUUAACCAAUGUCUAGGUGUCUUCUGUAUUAUACUUCUAUCAUUUUAAGAUCACACUAAAUUUCAUUUUUUUAAUUGAUUGGUUUGUGAAUUAAGAAUUUCAAAACUAUAUGUAUGGAUGAUGUACUGUACCCUCAGUAGAUAUCUCACAGGAUGAGAUAAGGACCAUUACGCCAGAGGACUUCCCAUGGCUGGAAUCAUAAAAGAUUGUUUUGAAUUGAUGCAGGAGCCCUUUGGAUGCAGAGCAAGAGCUUUCCGUUUAGUGUUUGUGUAUUCUCGCUGAGAGAGCAGCUUCACACUUGUGUAAUUGUUUUUGUGCUUACAGUUCCCAUAUUUAAACGGAAAAAUGACCCACAUGCUUUGUGCUGUGUUUACCUGAUUUCUUGAAGGAGAGAGAAAAAAAGAGGAAUCGGUCAUUCACACCUUGCACAGCUAUGAAGUAGCUGUCCAUAUACACACAAAGUGCAGUGGCACUUAUUUGAUUUUGUCUUGCUGUCAAUAAAUUGUUUCAUUUGAGGGAGAAAUAUUAAUUCAUUGGAAAUGAAUUGAAGAACAUCUCCCACUGCA